AUGGAUCCGCCAGCACGACCUGCGAGCCAGAGACGUGCUGCUAUGGUGCAGAACAGCAGCCCCGUCAUACCACAGAAAUACACCUCGGAUGGGUCGCCGUGUCCUUUCGUUUCGAAGCCGAAGCCCACGCAUAUCAGCACUGAUGUCCGGCGCCCUUCUUCGAGGAGCCAGACAGUCUCAAUAGGGUGGGAGGAUGAUACCAAUACAACAUUAGGCCGAGCAUCGAGGCUGCAAAUCGAACUAGCAGAGUGUGUUGAGACCAAGACAGUCACAACCACGACCACCACCAAAAGGUCCUACCCGCCCCUUCUCAUUCAGCAAAAGUCACUCGAGACGCUUGAUGCGAAAGAGUAUCCACUAGCCAGCAAACCCACUCCUGCCGAACUUACUAAGAUUUCCUACGAUGUUGACGUCCAGAGCGGGAGGCUAUUUGGGGGCAGCCCUACCCCCAACCGUCGAAAGACUCCGCGAUUGAAUAUAUCACCCUAUACUCAAAUUUCUUCCGAACGCAUGGAUGGUCAAGAGGGUUUCGGUCACGAGCGGGGUCUGGAAAGCGGAGCCCUAGAAACACCCGAGCUACAUCGAGCAGAACGGCCUAGGAAACGAUUACCCUCGAUGAAUCACCCAGAGCGUUCCACAAGAGGAGACACUGAAGUGCAGUCAAGGUCCCCGAAGUCCAGUGUAAAAGGACGAAAAUUUCUUAGGGAAGUCGACCGGAAAAUUCGAGAUGGACAGUUGGAGAUGCCUGAAGAAUCACGAACCCGGCAUCAUGGUUUGGGCGUGCAUCUAUCUAAACAUACCUCGUUCCCAGAAACUCCAGAAAUGUCCGAACUCGAAUCGUCGAUGAUUGAUCGUACUGGCCUAUACUCUUCCUCCUUCGGCACAAAUGCAUAUACCCCAAAAUCUGGGAUGAGCCAAAACGACUCGUUUGAAGAUAUUGCAAAUCCACCUGAUGCUGAGGAAUCAUUUGCUAAUGCAGUUGCUACCCCCCCAAUAGCCGAAUCGGACCUCGAACCGUUAGAUGGGGCCGAUGUUGGUUUCGCGAAUUUAUCUGGUCAACGUCCGAACGUAAAUACGGCUGCCGCACAAAAUGCAAGCCUACCAAGUCCAGGGCUUUCACCUACGUUUGCAUCUGCGGAACUCGACCAUGGUGAAUUUCCUCUUCCGGGUUCUACCGAAGACGAUGAGCUGGCUGCCGUCAGCCCUACAACACAGUCUGGAGACAGUCAACAAACUCUUGAAGAUGAUGAUAUGCUUGGCGCCCUACAACGGCGGAUUCAAGAGUCGCCAGAUCAAGCCCAUAGGCCUGCACCCUCGAUCAUGGACACUCGGUCAAUGCUCGAAACCUUCGAUUCGAUGCCGAACGACAUGAAGACACUGAUGAUGUAUCAGCUCCUCAGGCGAUGUUCGAAGAAGACGCUCCAUGUCUUAACAGACGUGAUUGGCCCUGCAUUAAAAUGUGAUUUCUUUGAACAGCUACCUGUCGAACUGAGUCUCCAUAUUCUAAGCUUCUUGGACCAUCGAGAUCUUUGCCGAGCUGCCCAGGUUUCUAAGCAUUGGAGAAAUGUUAUUGAUACCAAUGAAACUGGGUGGAAAGAACUCUUUGACCGCGAUGGUUUUGUUCUACCUUCCGGGGAGCUGGAGCGAGCGAUUCGUGGGGGCUGGGGGUGGCAGGACCCUUAUGGUCCAGAUGCCGGCGAAGAGGAUCUAAGUCUACAGUAUGGAUCAUCAUUUGACGGUGAUAUUUCAACGUUGGGUGGUAUCAAGGUCGAAGAAGCUACGAGGAAGAUCCGGUCUACCGCCACAAAGAGGAAGCGAGCUACAGGUGGCUCGGGAUCUGAUCGGGCAAAACGUAGGGCAGUAGGUACCUCGGACAAGGCAAACAGCAUGAGUAGAAGCACCAACUCAGUCGGAUUUCACAAGUCUGAGGGUCCUCUCAGUGCUGCCACUGCUGCAGCACUUGCAAUCCCGGAUCCACAGCUGGGCCUGCCGGGCUUGAGAAAGCUUCAUCUGUUCAAGUCACUUUACCGCCGCCACUAUAUGCUUCGAAAUAGCUGGCUGAAUCCCAACGUGGCUCCGCAUCAUUUUGCUUUUCCUGCUCAUCCAGCACACGUUAUUACCUGUCUUCAAUUCGACGAUGACAAGAUUAUAACCGGUAGUGAUGACGCACUCAUUCACGUAUAUGAUACCAAGACUGGGGCACUGAGGAAGCGACUCGAGGGCCACGAGGGUGGGGUUUGGGCUUUGCAAUAUGAAGGGAACGUGCUUGUAUCUGGAUCCACCGACCGCUCCGUUCGCGUUUGGGAUAUCGAAAAAGGCUUAUGCACGCAGGUAUUCCAUGGACACACCUCGACUGUCCGAUGCCUACAAAUCCUUAUGCCUGAGUUGACUGGCAAGACCGAGAAGGGCAAGCCGAUUAUGGUCCCAGAGAAGCCGUUGAUCAUUACCGGAUCACGGGACUCACAGCUCAGAGUAUGGAGAUUGCCCGAGCAGGGGUCUAAGCGUUAUAUCCAGACUGGACCGCCAGUCAAUGAUCAGGACUGCCCUUACUUUGUUCGUGUUCUGGCUGGCCAUGCGCACUCCGUGAGGGCUAUUGCAGCUCACCAGGAUACCCUUGUGAGUGGCAGCUAUGAUAAUACUGUUAGAGUCUGGAAGAUAUCAACUGGAGAGACCUUGCAUAGAUUAACUGGGCAUUCUAUGAAGGUGUACAGCGUCGUUCUAGACCACAAACGCAAUAGGUGCAUUAGUGGCUCCAUGGACAACUUUGUCAAGAUAUGGUCUCUCGAGACAGGCUCUUGUUUGUUUACUCUGGAAGGCCACACCUCCCUCGUUGGCUUGUUGGAUCUACAGGACGAGCGUCUGGUCUCGGCUGCUGCUGAUUCAACCCUCAGAAUAUGGGACCCCAAAAAUGGUCUGUGCAAGAGCUCCUUGACAGCUCAUACAGGUGCAAUUACCUGCUUCCAGCAUGAUGGCCAAAAAGUUAUUUCAGGAUCAGAUAGAACAUUGAAGAUGUGGAACAUCAAGACCGGUGAAUGCAUGAAGGAUCUAUUGACAGAUCUCAGUGGUGUCUGGCAAGUCAAGUUCGAUGAGCGGAGAUGUGUCGCUGCUGUGCAGCGUGACAAUCUCACAUUUCUUGAGGUCCUCGAUUUCGGCGCUUCGCGAGAUGGUAUCCCUGCCUCUCAACGCGGUUCUCGAAACCUGCUCCGAUUUGACGACAACCGACCCAGCAUCGAAGAGAUGGAUGAUGCAUAA